CGUUGGUGACCACGUGGUGGAAGCAGCAGCUCUUUCCCGCGCUGGAACGCCUCAUCUUUGGCACCGGAAGGGGAAGUUCUUUCCUUUCUUGUUUCUGCUCCGUAUAGAGACACACAGCGACGAUGGCUCCUCGUAAAGGGAAGGAGAAGAAGGAAGAGCAGGUGAUCAGCCUCGGGCCUCAGGUGGCCGAAGGAGAGAACGUGUUUGGAGUUUGUCACAUCUUCGCCUCCUUCAACGACACCUUUGUGCACGUCACUGACCUCUCCGGGAAGGAGACGAUCUGCCGCGUGACGGGCGGCAUGAAGGUGAAGGCCGACAGAGACGAGUCGUCUCCUUACGCCGCCAUGUUAGCCGCUCAGGACGUCGCUCAGCGCUGCAAAGAGCUCGGCAUCACGGCGCUGCACAUCAAGCUGAGAGCGACCGGGGGCAACAGGACAAAGACUCCUGGACCCGGAGCGCAGUCUGCGCUCAGAGCGCUGGCUCGGUCCGGCAUGAAGAUCGGACGCAUUGAGGACGUCACUCCGAUCCCGUCAGACUCCACCAGGAGGAAGGGCGGACGCCGCGGUCGCCGUCUGUAAAACUGCGCCGACAUUUUCUGACAAUAAAAACAUUUAAAGUCCA